AUGGAUGAUCAUCUGAAUGUGACGUACAUCACUUUAAACGGGUAUGUGGAUGUUCAGAGGUUCAGGUAUCUUUACUUCUUCAUGAUGAUGGCGGUUUAUUUUCUCAUGAUCUCUUUUAAUCUGACUGUGGUUUAUCUGAUCUGUUCACACAAACGUCUUCAUGAACCCAUGUACGUUUUCAUCGCAGCUCUCCUCCUGAACUCGGUCGUCCUCAGCACUUCUGUCUAUCCGAAGUUUCUCAUCGACUUUUUAUCAGACAAACAAAAGAUCUACUAUCCAGCCUGUCUGUUUCAGUUUUUCAUUUUUUACUCGGUGGGCGGCUCAGAGUUCCUCCUCCUGUCAGCCAUGGCCUUUGACAGGUACGUGUCCAUCUGCAGACCUCUGCAGUAUCCGACCAUCAUGAGGAAACACACCGUCUGUCUGCUGCUCUUCUUCGCUUGGCUUCUUCCUGCUUUUCACAUCGCCAUCCCAACGAUACUGAGCGCUGAAGCCAAACUCUGCAGGUUCUCCCUGGAGGCCAUCUUCUGUAAUAACAGCAUCUACAGACUCCAGUGCGUGAGCUCUCAGGUAAUCUCAGUUUAUGGCGUGGUUUCUCUGGUCGACCUCGCUCUCCUCCCUUUCCUCUUCAUCGUUUUCACCUACACUAAAAUCCUGGUGGUGGUUUCUCGGAGCUGCAGGGCGGUCAGGAAGAAAGCAGCAGAGACCUGUCUGCCCCACCUGCUGGUGUUGAUCAGUUACUCCUGUCUGUGUGCGUACGACAUCAGUAUCGCCCGGGUGGAGUCCAACUUCCCCAGAACUGCCCGCUUCGUCAUGAUGUUACAGACUGUUUUUUACAACCCUCUGUUCAACCCGCUGAUCUACGGGCUGAAGAUGAAGGAGAUCUCCAAACGUCUGAGGGAGCUGUUCUCUCCUGUGUGUAGAUACUGA